UCGGCGUCAUGCGGUGCUUUGGUGUAAUCCUGUGGGCUUUUCUGGGUUCUCCGGAGUUUGCUGGCCUCUGGAUCACACCAGCUUCGAACCUGACCUGCUACCAGUGCUUCAAAGUAUCCAGCCCCGCCAACUGCCUGCCCGUGCGGUGCCUCUCCACAGACCAGGUCUGCGUCUCUAACGAGGUGGUCUUCUUCACGAAACACAGCACGAGAGUUCUGCUCAGCAAGCGUUGUGCUCCCAGAUGUCCCAACACCAACAGUAAGUUUAAAUGGUCACUGGGAUCUGGGGUGAACAGCUUAAUGACCAGGACCAAGGUGGACUUGGCAGCCCUGCAGGUGGGCACAGGAUGA